CGCGCUGGCCGGUUCUGCGGCUCCGAGGGUUUGGAAGUUAACGGCUGGAGGGGUCCCGCCCGGGAUCGGCGUCUGUCGCAUCUCCUCGCGCGCUGCCCGGUCCGCGCUGUGCCGCCUUCCGCCCUCGGGCAGCGUGCGGAGCUCUCGAAGUGCCCUGGAAGCCCUCGGAAGGCUUUUAGGAAGAUACAGAAGGUAGAGGAAAGGGGCCUUUAAAGCUUUUCUGGCCCUAAAUGGCUGCAAAAUCAACAAAGCCUUCGUCGGCCCCAUCUCCACCAGACCAGGCUCCUGAAGAGGAUCUUGUCAUUGUCAAGAUAGAGGAGGAUCAUGGUUGGGAUGAGGAAUCUACUGUGCAUGAAAAUAAUACUCCUGGCCAAGAACUGUUCCGCCUACGCUUCAGGCAGCUAUGCUACCAGGAGACAUUAGGACCCCGCGAAGCUAUGAUACAGCUCCGUGCACUUUGCCAUCAGUGGCUACGGCCAGACUUGAACAGCAAGGAGCAGAUUCUGGAGCUACUGGUGCUGGAGCAGUUCCUGAGCAUCCUGCCAGGGGAGCUGCAGACUCUAGUUAAGGAACACCGAUUAGAAAAUGGAGAGGAGGUGGUGACCCUGUUGGAGGACUUGGAAAGGCAGAUUAAUAUCCUAGGACAACCAGUCUCAGCUCGUACACAUGGGCAUGGAGUACUCUGGGAGGAAGUCGUAUCUUCAGAAGCUGCACCAGAACCUCCAAGUACUCAACUCCAACCUGUGGCAACCAAGCAUAAAUCUCCAGUGCCCCAGAAGCCACAGGACAGAGGAGAGAGACCAGAUUUCACUUAUAAGGCCAUGUCUACUUCUCAGAGUCCUACUCCUUCCCAGAAAGGAAGUUCUGGAGAUCAGGAGGUGGCAGCUAGACUUCUCACUGCAGGGUUCCAGACUUUGGAAAAGAUUGAAGACAUGGCUGUGUCUCUUAUUCGAGAGGAGUGGCUUCUUGAUCCAUCACAGAAGGAUCUGAAUAGAGAUAACAGGCCUGAGAAAUACAGAAACAUGUUCUCCCUGGAUGGUGAGACCAGGAGUGAGAACAAGGAAUUAUUUUCAAAACAGGUAAUAUCUUCUGGAAUCCAGCCACAUGGACAAACAGCUGCUAAGUGCAACAGGGAUGCUAUUGUGGGUCUCGGACAUGGAGAAACCCGAGACCUUCUGGGCAGAUUAGAGAGGCAGCAGGGAACUCCCACACAAGAGAGACGGCAUAAAUGUGACGAAUGUGGGAAAAGCUUUGCUCAGAACUCAGGCCUUGUUCGACAUUGGCGAGUACACACUGGAGAGAAACCCUAUCAGUGUAAUGUGUGUAGUAAAGCUUUCAGUUACAGGUCAGCCCUUCUUUCCCAUCAGGAUAUCCACAACAAAGUGAAGCGCUAUCACUGCAAGGAAUGUGGUAAGGCCUUCAGUCAGAACACAGGUCUGAUCCUGCACCAGAGAAUCCACACUGGGGAGAAGCCCUAUCAGUGUAAUCAGUGUGGGAAGGCCUUUAGUCAGAGUGCAGGCCUUAUUUUGCACCAGAGAAUCCACAGUGGAGAGAGACCGUAUGAAUGUAAUGAAUGUGGAAAAGCUUUCAGUCAUAGUUCACACCUCAUUGGACAUCAGAGAAUUCACACUGGGGAGAAACCCUAUGAGUGUGAUGAGUGUGGGAAAACCUUCAGGCGCAGCUCACAUCUUAUUGGCCAUCAAAGAAGCCACACUGGGGAGAAACCCUACAAAUGCAAUGAGUGUGGGAGGGCCUUCAGUCAGAAAUCAGGCCUUAUUGAACAUCAGAGAAUCCAUACUGGAGAAAGACCCUAUAAGUGUAAAGAAUGUGGGAAAGCUUUCAAUGGGAACACUGGUCUCAUUCAGCAUCUAAGAAUACAUACAGGGGAGAAGCCCUAUCAAUGCAAUGAGUGUGGGAAAGCUUUUAUUCAGAGAUCGAGCCUCAUUCGACAUCAGAGAAUCCACACUGGAGAAAAACCUGAAACUACGGGAGUUUAGGAAAAUCUUUGGUUGUCAUUUGAGCAUUAUUCAACAGUAGAGAAACCCUGUCAUAGUGGAAAAGUCUAGUGAAAAAGGCAAAAUCUAUAGUGAUGACAAAGCUAAGAAUAGCACUUCAGUACUUUGAGCCCAGUCCCUGAUACUAAUUGAUUAGCUUGACUGUCUUUGGAGGCAUCUGGUGAAGCAGAGCCCCAGCAGCUUAAUGUAUUCUUCAGAACUUUAAAAUAAAAGCAAUUUCCUUGUUGUGACUUAAAACACUAUAUUUUGUCUUUCCCAAGAGUAGUUUUAAGUUUGAGAAGGGUCACUCCUCUAAGCUUCUCAUUCCCUCUGAAUGUGCCCUUGUAAAUGUUAAUCUAAGAAGCUGCUUGAGUCCAAGGCAACCUCAAUGAGACUAAGAUUUGUAUUUAGCUUUCUGAUACCCUAGUAGAGGGAAAUUGUUAGACAUUUAACAUAUUAUUCUAAUACUCUUAGAUGAUAGAAAUCCAUAUUCUUGUACAAACUCAAUGCUAAAUUGUUAACAGCACUGUAGCAUUUCUCUUCAUUUAGCACCUUUAUUGACUCCAUUGAGUCCCUGAGCAUCUGUGCAUAUCCUUCACCUCCCCCAGUCUCAGUAUCUGUGUCAACAAAGGAAGUGGAUGCAUUAGUGAUAAUGGUGGGAGUGAUGCAAAGAGAGAGGUGAGUGGAGAUUCAGCCUGGCUCUUCUUGAGCAUAGACAUCUGUACCUCAAGUGACUUCUGACUCUCCUUCACCUUCCCACUGUACAUUGCUUUGAAAAAUAUUUGCACUAUCAAAGCUUUGGCACCACAUAGGAGACAAAGGAGCUAGAAAAAGACAUCAAAAAUCCUUACAAAGAAUGUGCAUCAUCCCUUUGGCCCAUUACAAUACUGCUCUCAGGUUCCUACCUAUAUAAACUCCGUGAGUACAUGGUCAGUUUGGACUGACCUUCUCAGAUGACCUCUGUAGCUCCAUAAUCAUCUUCCAUCUGUUUCCUUUCAUUUGCAUAUCUUCAGUAUCCACAGUGGUAAUCUGUCAAAUACCUCACCUCUGAUCCGCUUUCUGAAUUCUGGUACACUCCAUCAAUCAUCUAACAACAAACAGAUUACUAAACUCAUUGUCACCAGACCCUAUAUUUCACCUCUAAGGCUUUUAGUAUAGCAUAACAUAGGAUAUUGUGUAAAGUAGUGAGACUGGUUUUAAAAUAACACACCAUAUCAUGUACAUCAAAAACAUAGUGUCCUUGCAGAUGAGUAAUUAUUCUUCAUUCUAGUAGUGCUACUAGACAUCCAAAUAUGAGGAACAUUCUUAGAAUUCUCAUCUAAUGAAGAGCUAGAAAACCAUCUAUUACUAUUGUAUUUCAUGUUUGGCUAUUUGAUUAGACAGUGGACUUGGAGUUGAAUAACUUUUGCUUUGCAUCAUUAAUCCUCACACUUAAAAUUAUUCCGUUAAUUUACUCAGAAGACACAUAAGUAGGUUAUGGUGAAAUCUCCAAGAAAACAAUUUUACAUUGUGACUAUCCUGAAAAGGAUCAUCUUAGUUUCAUUGGUUAACUCUCUCAGACCAGUUCUUUUCAUUCUUUAUUUUCUUAUUCUCCUUUCUGUUUGUUUCCUUCCUGUUCAAUAUAGAUUACCAUUCCUAACUCUGCUCUAACACUCUUAAACACUGAGCUGUCUCCCCAGCCCCAGUAGCUUGAGUUGUGCCUUACCUUCUCUAGGUGACAGGAUUUCUGCAUAGGUCAGUGCUACCCUGUGUGCAAAAGUUGCAUAGGAUGAGUACAUUGUCAGAGAAGCUGGAUGUCUGUGUGAGUGCACAUAUGCAUGCCCACUCAUCUCAUACACUUUUGUGGAGUGCCUGCCUUCAUUUCCGAUAAAUUGCCCUGUAAGCAUUUGUAUCCACAACGAUAUGAAGCAGAUUACUUCAGUCUCAGAACUACUAAGAACUACUAAGCAUCUGAAAGAAGUCCAAAGAAAAGGAAAUAAUAUGGUUGGAAAGAUCAAUAUUACACUGGAGGUAGAUAUGGAAAAGGUUGUCAUUUAAAAAUGAGUUAUUAGAGCCAUUACUGGUGAUGCAUAUGUUUAAUCAUAACACUCAUAAGCCAGCCUGGUCUGUAUAGCAAAUUCAAAGCCAGCCUUAAAUAUGGUGAGACCAGUCUCAAAAAAAAAAAAUGGUAAUUGGGGCUGGAGAAAUAGCCUAGAGGUUAAGAUUGUGGACUAUUCUUUCAGAGAACCAUUGAGUUCAGUUCCAGCACCCAUGUUGCAUGGCUUGCUACUUCCUGUAACUCCAAUACCAGGGGAUCCAACAUAGCUGACCUCCACAGGCACCUGCACACAGGUACACAUAGACAUAUAUACAAUACAUAAUUGAAAAGAAUAAAAAAAUUUUAAUGAGUUAUCAAAGCUGAUUUAGCACAUGUAUAGAAAAGGCCAAGUAUUAUAGUAUUUGACAAUAGAAAAGGCUGUGGAAUCUUUGCAGAAGUACAUACAAGUCGUUUUUAGUCUUGAUUCACCAAGCAUUAAUCUAUAUUACAUUUUUUUAGAGCUCUUAACUAUCAGUGGCAUUCAUUAGGCUUUUAUCCUAUAGAGUCAGUUUUUUCCUUCAAUCUGAGAUGGAUUAUUCACCAGUACUUUCUUGUACCAUCCUCAGCUGCUCAUUUUAGGAUCUGGUAUGGUAAAGUAGUUCUUCUGUAACUCACUUGCCAUCAACAUACAACUGGAAGAAACCUCUGAGUGUUUCUCCAUGCGGCCAGAUAUGUAUUCAAGAAUGUGGUGAUUGAUUCCAACCUGGACCAGUACAGCUUUGCUCUUGUUUCUACAUCUCCAGAAUUACAGAUUUUGUUUUGUCUUAUUUUGUUUUGAGCAGUUACUGUGAGCCAAGCCCUAACUUAAACGUUUACCCUACUUAAAAGCUAAUAUCACUAUAUACCCCAUUUAUAGAUGAUAGAAACAGAAGCUUCGAGAACUAACCAACAUCACAUAGCCAGCAAAUGACAAGAUUCUAACUAGAGCCUGUGAUAACCACACUGCUAUGCUACCAACACUGACUAAACUGUGGCCUGCCAAAUGAAACCAUGUACCCCUGGUCAUAAGAGAUACCAGGUAAAAGAGUGCACAAUAGUAUAGUGCGGAUUCAUUGCAAUUACUAGAAAAUUGGCUUUAAAAUACUGUUUGGGUUGAGCACAUCUUUAGAUGUUGAUAGUCUAGAUUUUUUUAGUACAAAAAAGGUAAAUUUGUCAAUAAAAUGUGCUUAAAGGAGUAACUAGGAGGGUAAAGCAGUAACAGCUAACUGAUUCAAAUACAUUUCUCUAUAGACUGCAUAAGGGCAAGAGAAAUGAGUAGAUUCCAGGCCGGGCAGUUGGGCAGUUAGGGUGGCAGUAGUAAGUUUAUCCACAGUAAGAAGUGCUUCAAACUUCUUGUACAUUUCCAAACACUGUUCUGUAUGUCUUGCAUUUUUCUUGAUUUUUCAAAUUUGUUACUCAUUUAACCCAUUUCUGCCUUAGCUCUUAAAACAUUAUCUGGCUGGCUGUCAUAGUCAACAUUCCACUAAAAUGUAUGUAGAAUGGCCAAUGUAUAAAUUAAGGCCUUUUAUUGUUGUUGUUGUUGUUGAUGUCAUCCCUAAUCUCAUAUGUCAUAAUGUUGAAUUUUCCCAUCACAUAUGGGAUUUGAGUAUUACCAGAUUCUUGGGUCUUUUGUUGGUAGACAGCCAUUGUUGGACUAGCUGGACCACAGCCUGUAAAUUCUGUUCUUCUAGAAAACCCUGACUAACACAGAUUUUUUUGAACCAGAAGUGAUUCUAAAGCAACAGAAAUAUAAGGAUGAAAUUUUUAAGUAUCUGGAAUACACUUUCCAAUUUGCCAACACCUACUGAAGCCUCCUCUCAGAAACCCAGGGUGUAUUGAAAGCCCAUGGUGUGAACUAGUUUGCAAACUUAAGGAGACAAAUGCAUUUGGUUAUUCUGAUUCACUGGCUGUAGAAGGCAAGAGAUUUGGUGACUUUGUAUGUCUGGAUUUAAAAAAAAAAUCAGAUCCCAGCCCCAGAGGGUAUCAGUGGUUCAAGUAAGAGCAUUAAUUAGUAAAGAUUUGGAUCCUGUAACUUGGGAUGAAGAUGUGUGGGAGGACCCUCAGAUUCUCCAGGGUGUAUCUCAUUUGAGAGAAUAGUCUCUCUACUCUCAGCAUAAGAUGUACUCCCACCCGCUAAAUAUUGCUUUUUCUGCUUUGAGGAAAUACAGGAUGGGUAGUGAAGGAAGGUAGUUAUAAAUACCAGUUAUGGUCAUGUAACCAAUUGCAGAAAUGAGGACUAUAAUUGACAUGACUGUUUCUGCCAUGCUUUGUUAAGAAUGUGUUUGUACAGAUACUUAUGUUUCUUUCCUCAAUUUCUAUCAUGUAAUACAACAUCAAUUAAGAGAAUAUCUGUAGUUACCAUAAUAUUUAAGUUUUGAGAUACCAAUAGAAUGUCCUCCAAGGAACAUUGGCAUCUAUUCUGAAAUUUAUAAUGGGCUUGUGAUUGUACAAGAGAUAGUAAUAUUGUGUUAGAUGUAAUUAUGACCUGGUUAAAUAUAUAAUGCAUUUGCAACUGUACUUGAGAUAGUUAUAUCAUGUUAGGUGUAAUGUGACCUGGUUAUUAUUUUCUCUUGGAAAUUAAGCAUGGCAAAAGGAGAUAUGACUGUGUGUCAAGUUGACAAGGGGUGGAUUGUGGUAGCUAUUCUUGGUUGUCAACUUGACUACACCUAGAAUUAACUUAAACUAAACUGCUGGGUACACCUGUGAGGGAUUUGUUUUAAAUCAUUUGAAGUGGAAACACCCACUUUUAAUCUGAAUCUUUUGAGGUGGGGAGAUCCACCUUUAAUCUGGGUCAAACCUUCUGAUGGCAGCCUGUGUAAGGGUAUGAAAGAAGGAAGCUUUUGCUCUUGCUUCCUUGAUCUUGAUUGCAAGUCCAUUUCUUCACUGGAAUUAGAUCCUACUUCAGGAUUCUGGCAUAUAAUGAAGACCAGCUGAGACAUCCAACCUGGUGGAAUAAACAGGCCAUUACUGGACUAGUGGAUGACAACCUGUAAGCCACACUAAUAACUUCCCAUUCUCUACAUAUAAAUAUAUAUAUAUAGAUUAUAUAGAUAAUAUAGAUUCAUUCUAUAAGGUUCUCUAGAGAACCUUGACUAAUACACCAUUCAAGAAUUCUCCUUUCUUUGUCUUGCGGGAUCUUUUUAGGUCAUUUUUCUUCAAUAUCUGGCUUUCUUUAUUAGGCUUUUUUUUCUCCUCUAUACUAAAAAUAAUCCCCAUAUCCUACUUUUACUCACUUUUUUGUCUCUUUUCCUGUUUAUCUGUUUUGUUACUUCAUGUAUGUGAGUGACUUUGUAUGUAUGUCAUCUCACUGCUUGGAGAAUUUUCCUCAGCUACCUACACAACCAAAAUUCACCAUUCUCCUUCAAUUUGUAUUUUCUUUUAAAGUAGACAUCAUUGCUUAACUUCUGUACCCUAAAUAGAAUCACUGCCCUUCAUAUUUCUCAUUCCAACCUUGAAGUUACCAUAUCAUCUUUUUCUGUCUUCAAUUCUCCAAGUCUAGAAUUUUGUUGAUCUUUAUUGUAUUCUUAGGGGACUUGUUUAUUAUGUUGUUACCUGGUCCUUUUAUAUUUUUACCAUACCCUUAUAGUCUUCCACAGAUCUAUAUCAUGUAGGCUCAGGUUACUAUAAUUCCCCUUUCAGAAUAUCCAAUUUAAAUAACACCUUAAAGAUGAUCCUCAAACUCUGCUCCCAGCAAAUAAUUGUCACCAGAGUGGUAGCGUUCCAUUCCUAAAUCUGCCUCAGUUUUCAUCACUCUAGCAUGUUUGCCUUGAUACAUCACAUUCAAACCUCCUACAACUUUUUACUAUUGUCUUACAAGCCUUUGCCUCUGUGCCUUUCUCAUGUGUGGGGUUUUUUUUGUCCUUUGGUUACCCUCUGGCCAUAACUCCUGUUCACUCUUCAAAACUCAAUUCCUUUAUGUCUUUUGAGUGAGCACCUCCUGUUUGAGUUCACCUCACAUCAAGAUCUACUCUCAUUCUGUGCUGCAGUUAACUUUCAAGUUUGUACUGUAAUCCAUGCACUUACUAAUACCUUGCUCUGUAAUUUAUUUUCUAGAAGUCUGUAUAGUAGUUUCACAUUUGUAUUUAUUUCCAAAAUUAAAUUGUAAGCUCCUUGAGGGCAGGGAUAAUAACUAACAUUUGUAUCACUGCACCCUCUUAGUGCCUAGUGCAAUACUGAGCACACAGUAGGUGUUUAAUAAAUGCUUGUUGAAUUAUUGUGUGAA